GAAAUGAAAGCGUGUUGUUUACAAAUACGAAAGUUGGCGACUGUACAGGUACUUAAAAAUACUGUAUACGAGUUGUGUUUUUCUCAAAUAUAUUAAUUAAGUACAGAGCUUUUUGAAAAGUCCAAUGAAAAGAACAGAUGUUGGAGAAUUUGUCAUGACAUCCUGGCAUUAUGGCAGGUGAUGUGGAAAAACUGUCUCUUCGUCGUCUGGAGCUUCCCAUUCAGAAGUUUGUAAAAGUUGCAAUUCCCACUGAUUUGGAACGACUGAAAAAGCAUCAGAUUAAUAUUGAAAAGUACCAGCGCUUCAAACAGUGGGAAAAACUGCAUCAAGAGCAUAUCAAUGCCAGGCGAACUGUUCAGCAACUUAGGGCCAACAUUAGGGAGAUGGAGAAACUGUGCCAGCGGGUGAGAACUGAAGAUGCACUGAGCUUGGAAAAGAUUGUCAACCCAAUUAGAGAGCAGGCCUCAUCUGCUGUGACAGAGUUCCUCAGUCUUCAUGCAGAGGCAUCGGAGCAGCUCAGAUUACAGGAAGUUGAUGUCAAUUGUCUCAACUCUCCAUUAACUAGAUCCCAUACAACUGAAGGCAUGUGUUUUAGUGAUCCUAGUGUCCUGGAUAGUGUAUCCCAUCCCUUGGCUCAGGUUCAGCUACCUCUCCCAGAUAUCCCAGAAGAUCAGAAUGCAGCUGAAUCUUGGGAAACACUUGAAGAGGACUUAAUGGAACUAAAUGGACUGGUGAAUGAAUUCUCCAUACUGGUUCAUUCUCAACAGGAGAAGAUUGACAGCAUUGAAGACCAUGUCAACAGCGCUGCUGCGAACGUUCAAGAGGGAACCAAGAACCUUGGGAAGGCUGCCAAGUACAAGUUGGCCGUGCUGCCUGUGGCUGGAGCCCUGAUUGGAGGUGUGGUGGGUGGCCCCAUAGGUCUUCUGGCUGGCUUCAAAGCAGCAGGUGUGGCAGCCGCUGUCAGCGGUGGCAUUUUGGGCUUUGCAGGUGGGAACUUCAUCCAAAAGAAACGUAAGCAACAAAUUGAAGUCAAUUUGAAGCAACUGUCAUCCAGCUGCCCAGACCUCAAGUGCCAAAGUGAAAAGAAAUGUUAACGGAUGGCUGCAUUCCUCCUGGGAAAUGGGGUCUGCCAACACCAAAGUGGGGUGUUCUUGGACUGUCCAGCUGUCAACUGCCAACUGUGAAGUGCUGAAUAUUGAAUUUGUUUUGUGCAAUAAACAUCCUGGGGAAGAGCCUUCAAAAUGUGGAGCUGCAAAAAGGGUGUAUCUGAGGACGACAGGAUUUUCUUCAAUUAACAGGUUUUCAAAAAAGCACAUAAAAAAAUGAACUUCCCUGAACUUCCCUGAUUAUACAGCUUUACAGAGUCUGCCCAAGUUAAGCACACAUGGCCUGGAUGAAAAGCACCGGGAGACGCGUUAGCUGUCAAACUAUAAAAGGCUGCUAAGAAUUGAAUUAAGAUUUUUAAUUAUCUUGUGAAAAUAUUUCAUUACUAUGAAACAGUGAAAACCUUUAAGUAGUGGUUUGUUUUUAACAUUUUCCUAAAUAAAAUGGUUAUACACACCUUUAGUACAACUUUAAGGAUGUUCAAUUUGUAAUUGUGAACUGAUAAGCUAACAACUAAAAUUCUGAGUAAUGAUUGUUGAAGAGCUCUGUAGGCGUCACUUUCAUUUGUAAUGAUGACAGUACAGCUGCUUCCAUCCUAAUGUGCUUCCUCUGACAUGAUCACGAUUUCAGGAUAGUGUACAUCCCAAAUAGCUGCAGUUCUGGAAGGUGUUAUCUAAUUGAAUAUUAUCACCCAUUUCAUCCCAUCCAAUACUACCGUUUUUUAUUAAGUGUUUUCCUUGUUGUGGCCUGGAGUGAUUUUGUGAUUUUUCAGUCCAACUAAAUGCUAUGCUUCAAGCAGAGGCCAGUUUCUGCCUUAAGUAAAUCCUUGUUUCCUGUUUCUAAAUAGAAACAUCUUUCAUUUACGAACUUCUAUGCAAGUUCAGUGUUUUGUAACUAAUGACAAUCUUUCUCAAACAUCAGCAAAUGGAUGUGUGUGCAUUUGGUAUUUUCCAUUGUAGGAUGAGUCCUUAAUAAUAAUCUUUACAUGUAUAUAGCGCUUCAGUGACAGGGGAGCCACUUCAACCACCACUAAUAUGUAGUUUUAUACAUGACACCUGGAUGGUAUGAUGGCAGCCAUUUUUGCUCCAUUAUGCUCACCACACAUUAGCUGUUAGGUAGUGAAGUGAUGAGAGAGAGCCAAUCAGAGUCAGGGGAUGAUUAACGCGGCCAGAAGGACCAGGCCAUUGAGGGCAGUUUAGCCUGGACAUUGGGAUACACCCCACCUUUUACAAAGGAUGCUCAGGGAUUUUGUUUUGACCACGGAGAGUCAAUACCUUGGUUUUAUGUCUCAUUCGAGAGCCAGUGCCAUUUCUACUGCACUGGGGAUUUGGGACCCUCAUUCAGACCAGUGUAAGCACCUCCUGCUGGCCUCACCAACACUUCAUCCCACAACAACCCAAGCUUUUUCCUGGUGGGUCUCCCAUCCAAGUACUGGCCAGACCUGAACCUGCUUAGCUUCAGGUGGAUGACGUCUUCUGGAGCAUAUCUGCAAUGGCUGCCAUUGAUUACUCAAUAUCUAUAAUAACAACUAUAAACUUAAUAUAAAAUGAAAGAGUGCAAAAAUACAAUUUUUUUUUUCUGCACUUCCUUUCCAACCAGAUAUAUCCUAGAACUUUCACUCUAGUUUAACAACUUAAUUUGCAAUACAAAACUGUACUUGCAUCAAAAAUACACAAGUGUUAAUUAAAAUGUAUGAACUGGCAGCAUUGUAAUUUAGCAGGGCUUUCCACUAACGAUGACCUCUGAUUAAGUUAACCAGCCACCCCGAGAGGCACUGAAUUAGCUUAUCAGUUCACAAUUAAUCAUGAAAUAUAGAAAGGAUCCUACGCAUUUUUUUUUUUUUUUGAAAGAAGCAAGGCGAGGCUACACUAUUUUGUGAGAAGAAUCUGAGACAGCCAGAAUACUGUCCUUUACAUUUUUGAGCAGGCCGUUCAUGGCUACUGUACGUGUCUUCAAUCUGAUGGAUCCUAAAUGAAUGAGGGUAAAUGCACAGCUGAGACACGUCCAAUUGCUCGUCGGGCUAAACGGACGAGCCCUGUGGGUUGUUUUUUUUUUGCAGGCGUUGCUAAGGUUUGCCUUCUGCUGAACCUUUACAUUCUGGUGUCUGAAUGGUGACAUCACAAGACUUUCAGUGGUUUCUUCAAAUUUACAUCUUUUUCCCUUUGCCAUCCCACACCAGUGUACUAAAAGGGCAACAGCAGUAUGAAACUCAAAGCUGAGUGGCACUGCGUGAUUCUCUAAGCCAGGGGGACAAUGACUGAAAUGGCCUACCUACCCAAGGAGAUGGCUUGUUUCUCAUACCCAAGACUAUAUUUGUGUAAGUUUUUAACAUAUUUAAUAGGAGUGUUAUUUGCUAACCAGCAUGUGUUGCUCUUUUAUAGCUUGAUUUGUUGAGAACCUGCAUAAGCACAUAACAAAAAUGAGGUGGUCCUCUGAAGAAUGUAUUGUUCUGUUGGUGAUCAUUCAUAAUUGACUAUUUUCUAUACCAGCCAAUUGCAAUGCAAAUAAGUGGAACCAGUAUGAUGAAAGAAUAUAAAUGUAUCAGUUAUGGUUAAUUAUUAACAGUAAUGCACAGGGCAGGAAGCGUCUGCUGCUAUGUGACAGAGACCCUCUGAGUGGCCUGAUUUGCUCUUGUGGUUGGCUUCACUACACAAGAAUGGUGUGUUUAACUCAAAUGAGUCAAGUUUGAGUCCUGCUGCUGUUGUCUUGGGCAGGAUGAGUAGCAGAGCAAAUUACACAGCAUUUCUCUAAAUGUAAAAAAUGACGUCUGGGAACUUCCACAGGCCUCCACCUGCACGUUUUGGGGCUUGCAGACUGUAAGUGCAUAUGCAGUUGUAUUCGAGUUCUGUGUAGAGUCAGUUGAAGUGGUUUGCACAGCCAUCUUCUCUCUCUCUCAGCUGGCCUGAAAAAUCCCCAGGAGGAGGACUAACGUUGUAGGGACGGGCAGGGCUAGACUGAGCAAGUUGGGUUACUGCCACUUCAUCCCUUGGCAGGAAAAAAAAAAAGAGGAUUGAAAAUGCCAAACCUGAAAGCCGAAUCAAACCAAAAUUUCUAAAAAGAGAGGAAGUGCACUCUUAAAGUGGAAGUCACUCGGGACACUAACCGCACGCGCGCACACACACACGGUUUAAAGACCACGUCAACUGCAUGUAGCUUUGGAGCACAAAUCAAACCUGACACAAUCAGAGCUCAAUGACCAGGAACUGAAGUGCCUGAAUGUAUUUCACAAUCAAUUUGUUUUUGGUGCUCUGUGUUCAUGAAAUACUGCUUUGUAUCUAAAAGAAAAGUGAUUAAAAGAAGUCAAACCAA